CUCUCUCUCUGUCCCUCUCUCUGUCUCUCUCUCUCUCUCUCCAGAGUUAUCAGUCUCUCUCCAGUAUAAUCGUAUCUUCAGACUUACCCAGCAUCGUUGUCCGUCCUCUUCAGUACUUUGGAGAUGUGAGUAAGACUGUGUCUGAACUGAGAGAGAAACUAGAAGACUUCCUUAAAGGAGAAUGGACCAAGAUCUCCACUACAGUGAAAAUAGUGGAUGUUGUACUGCCUCCAGAGCCCAAGACCAGAGAACAGUUAUUACAAUAUUCCUGUCAGCUCACACUGGACCCAAACACAGCACACACACGCCUCUCUCUGUCUAAAGGGAACAGAAAGGUGAACAAUACAGGCCAAGUCCAACCAUAUUCUGUCCGUCCAGACAGAUUCACCAACUACUGGCAGGUUCUGUGUAGAGAGGGUCUGUCUGGACGCUGUUACUGGGAGGUGGAGUGGACUGGUGUUGUUGUUACAGCAGUCUCAUAUAAAGACAUCAGCAGAACAGAGACAGAUGGUGUAUUUGGACUCAAUAACAAGUCCUGGAGUUUACAGUACUAUAGUGGUGGUUAUUGUUUCAGUCACAAUAAUGUUGUGACUAAAGUAUCAGGCCCUCAGUCCUCCAGAGUAGGAGUGUACCUGGAUCACAAGGCAGGUACUCUGUCCUUCUACAGUGUCUCUGACACAAUGACCCUCCUCCACAGAGUCCAGACCACAUUCACUCAGCCCCUCUAUCCUGGGUUUUGGCUCAAUGGUACUGCUGAGCUGGUUAAACUGUAGUAGGGUCCACAUAAUAUAAUAAUAAUAUAAUAUAUGCCAUUUAGCAGACGCUUUUAUCCAAAGCGACUUACAGUCAUGUGUGCAUACAUUCUACGUAUGGGAUAC